AUGCAGCAACACAACCAAACCAGUGCCCUCGAGACAGACUCGGACGCAGCCACACUCGUCGAUACAACAGAGCUGAAGAAUGUUCGAACCAGCAUAAUUUAUCAAGUUCUUCCAGCCAUGGUGUCGAGUCACCUUCCUACGAUACCCUCUAUACGGCGAUCAAUAGGCGAGAUUCGCGACCGACGACUCCAUAGCAAGACGAGUUCGAUAACAGAGAUUCCCCUGCCCGGCACCCCACCGCCUGGCUACACAUCAAGGCCCAGCAGUGGUAGCGCAACACCGAACAGGCAUUCACUCCUAGCUAGCGAGCCGGAGCUUGAUUUUCCGGAUGAUGUCUUCGAGAGACCGGGCAGCUCGAUGAGCUCGAACCCUCCGCCGUUCUCUAUGUACGAAAGAAAGACAGGCAUCAGUUGGAAGUAUGCUGGUCAAGGUACAGAAAGUGUCAAUCUGUUGACCUUAGCACACCGAGAGUCUAGCAUACCAAAUUAUGGAACCGAUGAAACAUCUCCCGUCCUCACCAGACAACUGUACCUGCACGGCAUGACCUACCUUCUUCGGGGCCUACCGUCAGAUCUCACACCAGAAGAACUACUAAGUCUACAGACAGCUACACCACAAAGCUUAGUCAACUCGCAGGCAGAUCUAGGCAGCCAUGCACUUGUCCCACGUUCAGCGCAAAACCAGGUCCAGCGUGAGAUGCCAUCCCCAAACCCAUCAAUACUGCAUCGUAUCACCGCGACACUCGUUCUACAAACCUUCGUACUCAUCCAGUUCCUACUACCGUACAUCAGAAUAUUCAUCUCACACGCAUAUCAGUUCGAGCGUGAGCAUCAGAUCACAAGACGGGUUGUCAACGGCAGUAUCACCACUGUGGAUGAUAUCGGAAGGAGGAGCCUUCGACUGUCGCAGACAAUCUGCCAGAUGAACGACGGAAAGGUUGGUCAAGCCAUUAACGAGAUGACCAUUUGGUGGGUUCGAGGCGUAACGGGCGGGAUGCAGCAGGGCUUUGAAGAGGGUCUGAAUCGGGAGCGGAGGGUUCGUGAGACGGGUAAGGUGGAGAGGAUCGAGUGA